AUGAAUCAAGCUACCUCUCAGGUCCUCUCCAAUCUCAUCCCCCGACAUUCUGGCACCCUCCCCCCCGAGCUCCUCGCUCUAACCAGUUCUCUCGUUUCACAAUCGCGCCUGAGAUGUUCAUUAAGCCAAGAGCAGGAGAUCGGGAGGACGUAUGCUUGUGCUAAUCUUGCUUGCGAACGUCUAAAAACAACCCUCAAUCUCCCCAAAAUCGAACCUCGACCCCCACUUCCUCCUAGAGUUUAUAAAAAAUUAUACGCAUAUAUCGAGGAUACGCUAGCUAGCACCACACCGAAGAAACGCGCGAGAGUCGAAGGAAGUGGAAUUGAAAGUGGAAAUGCGACGCCGAGCAGAAAAUCAUCAUUAGCACAAACUCCCAAAAAACGCACACCAGGUCAUAAUGAUACACCUAUAAAAACUACGCUCCCGCAAAGAAGCACGCCAUCAAAAUCAAAAAGUCUCGCUAGUUUUCGCACUCCGAAAAAAGGAUUACGGUAUGAGAAGAGAGAUGAGACGAAGAUACCAAGCGACGCCGCAUGUUUUGGCUGGAGUGGAGAGUCUGAUAUUCUGGGAAGAAGAAAAGCCGAGGAAGGGGGAGGAGAUGAUGGAAGGUGGCCGGCGAUGAUGAUGGCGGUUUGGAGUAUUGUUUGGGGGAAGUUGAGGACGGGGGAGGAGGUGUUGAGCGAUGAGGAGUUUAAGGAAAAGAGGUUGGAGACAUUGAGGGUGUUGAGAUUGGCGAGAGGAGAUAUAGAGGUGGAGAGGAAGGUUGGGAGUGGAGGAUGGGAGGGUUGGGAUUUACCGGAGGAGGAUGAGGAUGAUGAAGAGGAGAGGAGUAAUGCGAAAGAUGUCAAUGGCUGGAUGGCCGAGAUUUGCAAUAAAGGAUGCCUGGAAAUGGAUUGGUAUCAAAAUAUGGUUAGAGCAGACGGUUCAGAUGAUACGGAAGAUGAUCAAGAACGAGAGGAUGCUCUAGAUGAAAUCCAAAGAGUGCGAGUUCGCGAAGACGAAAUGAGAUAUGGACUCGGAACAAUGCGACAAGCGAAAGUAGACUACUUGACAGAGAAGAAGAGAGCUGAAUACAAGGCGUGGAAAAGGAAUAUCCUGGCUAAAAUUGCACGGCUACAGAAAGAGGGAAAGAAUGGAAAUGUGAUGGAUAUUGCAGCAUAG